UCCUAAAAACCGAACAUGAAACUUCAGUUACUUGUCGUAGACUUAAUACUGCUUUGCUUAUCUUGUGGAGCAAGUGCAUUGGCAACGACCAUCCCUGCUGUCUCCACCUUCAUGCCAGCCGCCAAUUUCAGCAAUCUCGGCGCAGUGCACCGUUAUGGCUCCGAUAUCACCUCUAUUUCUAAAACCAGGAGGAAGCGUUAUAUCAGUCAGAACGACAUGCUUGCCAUUCUUGACUACCAUAACAAAGUAAGAGGGAAGGUGUUUCCUCCAGCAUCCAAUAUGGAAUACAUGGUGUGGGACGACACCCUGGCUAAGACAGCCGAGGACUGGGCUCAUGCCUGCCAGUGGGAGCACGGGCCACCUCACCUCCUCAGGUUCCUGGGUCAAAACCUCUCCGUCAGGACAGGACGCUAUCGAUCCAUUCUCCAGCUGGUGAAGCCAUGGUACGAUGAGGUCAAAGAUUAUUCCUUUCCGUACCCCCGUGACUGCAACCCUCGAUGUCCUCUCAGAUGCUACGGGCCCAUGUGUACCCAUUAUACACAGAUGGUGUGGGCAACAUCCAGCAAAGUGGGCUGUGCUGUUCACACGUGCCAUAAUAUGAAUGUAUGGGGUUCAGUGUGGAAACGGGCAACGUAUUUAGUUUGCAACUACUCACCCAAGGGUAACUGGAUCGGCGAGGCCCCCUACAAAGUAGGAGUACCCUGCUCCGCCUGCCCCCCCAGCUACGGGGGCUCCUGCAGCAACAACAUGUGCUUCCCGGCUCUCAAGACAAACUACCUGCACUGGUUCAAAUAA